GUCCGCGUCCGUUGAAGUACGAGUCGAGUUGAAGGCGGGAGGACAGCCUUCGCGACUGUGUCAGCACGAACAGUACAACGUGACCGCGGUCCCCUUGUGUACGCACUUCAGUCCAGAAAUAGAUCGUAUUUCUUUUUAUCUUUUUAUUGCAUAACUAUCAGCCCAGUUAUUGCCGUGAAUGCAGCGCAUUCUACUAGUUGGAAUCGGCAACAUUACUCUUCCAAGGACACGGCAUAGUGUAGGACAUGUUAUACUUGACUCAAUUGCAGAGAGGCUUGGCUAUAACUUACCCCUCAACGAGCAAUUAGAUGGAUACCUUGGGGACGGCGUAACGAACAUUAAUAAUAAGCCGACUCGUCUAGCCUUGUUCAAACCCAGACCUGCAAUGAAUGUCCUGGGAAACGCCAUUGGGAAAGCCUGUCGGGCGACUGUGCAGGAUCCCAGAUCGGUGAUAGUCAUCCAGGACACCAUGUAUCUCGAGCCUGGGCGCAUGAAAGUAAAAUACGGCGGACAGCCGGAGGGGCACCGAGGAAUUCGGAGCGUCAGCAAAUUCCUACACACCCAAGAUUUCUUCAGACUUCAAGUGGGCAUCGGCCGAACCGGCGACGCGAAGGAAUACGUUCUGGGUCCACUCAGCUCGUAUGAGAAAAUGAACUACUCGGUGGAUGGUAAGGGCAUCGACGAGGCUUGGGCAUGCAUUGAAGAUAUUGCGAAGCGGAUGGAGAAGCUACGAGGAAUUUAGGGGAUUUGAUUUUAUUCUCAACCGCGGAGCGCUGGGGAGCAGGACCAGAAGUGGCUGGCCCUGAGGUAGAGGCGUAUUGUCUUCGAUCUGGAGUGUUAAUUACUGAAGCGGGACCGCCACAAACGGACCGCAUUUGCCAGCGUCAGCGGGACGCGCUCGCGCUUCCUACGCUGCCGGGGUCAUCCUCUCCGCUGACGCACUACGCUUACAAUUAAAUCACUCAUCA